AUGGGAAUGGUCAUUGCUGCUAGAGAUUUCAACGCCCUUUUGGGCAUUGAUGAGAAGGUGGGAGGUCUCCAAAAACCUUCAAAAGUGGAGGAUUUUAGAGAUUUUGUAUCGAAUUGCAAGCUGGUCGAUAUUAUUCCUAAGAUUGGUAAAUUCACAUGGACUAAUAAGAGGCUAAAAUUUGCCAAUAUAUCUGAAAGACUUGACCGAUUUCUGUUCCUGAAGAACAAAAUUAAAGAUUGGAACAAAGUGUCAUUCAAAAAUGCAUUUGUGGAGAAAAGUAGAAUUGAGGAUGAGCUAGAAGAAAUUGGAAAUCGGGUAAUGCAAUUCGGUAUGACCAAUGUUGAAUUGGAAUUGGAGAAAAAACUUAAAUCACAGUAUAUGGAAAUUUUAAAGCGGGAGGAACUGUAUUGGAAAGAUAAGGCUAGGGAACUAUGGAUUGCUGAGGGCGAUCUCAAUACUAAAUUCUUUCAUGCUUCUUACAAGGCUAGAAGGAUCAACAACAAAAUAUUCUCAAUCAAAGAUGAGAAGGGGAUUUUGAAAAUUGAGGCCAAUAACAUUGAGCUAAUUGCUCUCAAGUAUUACAUGGAUAUAUUAGGGGGCACUGAGCAUGAGUCAGAUUUAAUACCAAUGAUUGAGGAAGUAAUUAAUCCUCUGAUUUCUAGCUCUGAUUGUGAUAUGUUACUUGGUCCCUACUCUUUGGAGGAAAUUAAACAUGCCACAUUUACAUUACAUCCCAAAAAGGCACCUGAACCGGAUGGCAUAAUGACAGAUCUUUUGAAAAAAUGCAGGGAUUUCAUGGGAAAGGAUAUUUGGAAUGUGAUUGAGGAAUUCCGAAAAAAGCAUAAAUUUGUGAAAGAGAUCAACCACACUAUUAUCACACCUUUUCCCAAAAAACAGGUCGAGGAGUACUUACCCUCAGAACUAGAGGAUGCCCCUGAGGAAAACGAUGAGCAUGCUGUGAAGGAUAGUGAUGAUUCUGUGGAUAGCAAAAUCAGGUGGGAGAUGGCAUGGCAAGAUGUGUGGCUGGAGGAGCGUGAGUGUCUGAAGGUGUUUGGGGAGAAUGCAUGGGAAGUGUUCUGA